UCCUUACAAUCAAAUACAUGACCAUGGGGGAUAUGAAGACCCCGGAUUUUGAUGACCUUCUCGCAGCCUUUGACAUACCAGACAUGGUUGAUCCGAAAGCAGCUAUUGAAUCUGGACACGAUGACCAUGAAAGUCACAUAAAACAAAAUGCCCACACAGAUGAAGAUUCUCAUGCCCCAUCAUCAUCUGACGUUGGUGUGAGUGUCAUUGUGAAAAAUGUGCGUACUAUCGAUUCUUCUGAAGGAGUGGACAAGGAUGGCCACCAUUCCACAGGCAAUGGCUUGCACAACGGCUUUCUAACGUCGUCAGCUCUUGAUAGUUACAGCAAAGAUGAAGGGAAGUCACUUAAAGAUGACGGGUCAGCUUCUGAGGCUACACUGAAGGAUUCAGCUUUCAACCAGUUUAGCCCAAUAUCAAGUGCUGAAGAAUUUGAUGAUGAUGAGAAAAUUGAGGUGGAUGACCCUCCGGAUAAAGAGGAGAUGCGUGCAAAUUUCAGAGCAAACGUCUUGGCAGGAUCUGUAUCUCAGCAGAAAAAAAAGGCACUUGGAGGGGAGAACUUGAUUAAAUCUGCAAUCCCGGUUUCAAGUAGUAUAGAUAAAAAUAAAGUUGCUAAACGAGAGACAGAGACAAACUCUAUGAAUUCAAGUGUCUAUGAGCCUUUUAAAGCUCGAAAAACAGAGGACAAAUUGCUGAAAGACAAUUCUGAGAAGCUUCUUGACAGCAGGGUACUUGAUGGAAAACUGAGUACUGAAAAAAAUGAAACAAACCUUACCAGCAUUUCACAGUCCAAAGCAAAGUCAUCGGCAAAGCUUUCUUCGUGCAUUGCUGCAAUUGCAGCACUGAGUGCUAAAAAGGCAGCUACAGAUACCAGUAAAGAUUUACAGCCUAAUUCAGGGGAAUCUUCUCCAUUACCAAAAGAGACGAGUGAAAGUCCCCGGGCUGUUGAAAAGUCACCUGAAUCUCAGAGUCUCAUUGAUGGUGCUAAAAAGCCAUCUGUCAAGCCACCUGAUAGUCCCAGAAGUGUGUCGAGUGAAAGCAGUAGCAAAGGGUCUCCGUCUUCUCCUGCAGGGUCAACACCAGCAAUUCCUAAAGUUCGCAUUAAAACCAUCAAGACUUCUUCUGGGGAGAUCAAGAGAACUGUUACUAGAGUGUUGCCAGAAGUUGAUUUGGACUCUGGGAAAAAGGCGGAGCAGACUGCUUCCAUGGUGACCUCCGUGACAUCUCUCCUGUCCUCACCAGCUUCUGCUGCUGUUCUCUCCUCUCCUCCUAGAGCCCCUCUCCAGUCCACGGUUGUCACCAAUGCAGUUGCAUCUGCAGAACUCGCACCAAAGCAGGUCACUAUCAAACCUGUGGCUACUGCCUUUCUCCCUGUCUCAGCAGUUAAAACAGCGGGUUCACAAGUUAUUAAUCUGAAGCUCGCUAACAAUACCACAGUGAAAGCCACGGUGAUCUCUGCUGCUUCGGUGCAGAGCGCCAGCAGCGCCAUUAUCAAAGCUGCCAACGCCAUACAGCAGCAGACUGUUGUGGUGCCAGCAUCGAGCCUCGCCAGUGCUAAACUUGUGCCAAAGACAGUCCAUCUUGCCAACCUUAAUCUUCUGCCUCAAGGUGCUCAAACCACCUCCGAACUCCGCCAAGUGCUAACGAAACCUCAGCAACAAAUAAAGCAGGCAAUAAUCUCUGCAGCAGCCUCGCAGCCUUCUAAAAAAGUGUCUCGGGUCCAGGUGGUUUCAUCUCUACAAAGUUCCGUAGUGGAAGCGUUCAAUAAGGUGCUAAGUAGUGUCAAUCCUGUACCAGUUUACAUCCCAAACCUCAGUCCCCCUGCCAACGCCGGAAUAAUGUUACCGACGCGAGGUUACAAGUGUUUGGAGUGCGGUGACUCGUUUGCUCUCGAGAAGAGCCUGACCCAGCAUUACGACAGGAGGAGCGUGCGAAUCGAAGUGACGUGUAAUCACUGCACAAAGAACUUAGUUUUCUACAAUAAAUGCAGUCUUCUUUCCCACGCUCGUGGACACAAGGAAAAAGGAGUUGUAAUGCAGUGUUCACACCUGAUUUUAAAACCAGUCCCAGCAGAUCAAAUGAUAGCGUCUCCUUCAAGCAAUACUGCUGCAUCCAUGCUUCAGAGCCCUGCGGGAGCUGGCACGCACGCGGUAACAAAGAUACAGUCUGGCAUAACGGGGACAGUCAUCUCGGCCCCAGCAAGCACACCCGUCGUUCCAGCUAUGCCACUAGACGAAGAUCCGUCAAAACUCUGUAGACAUAGUCUAAAGUGUUUGGAGUGUAAUGAAGUUUUCCAAGAUGAGACAUCUCUUGCAACUCACUUCCAGCAGGCUGCAGACACAAGUGGACAAAAGACAUGCAAUAUCUGCCAGAUGCUGCUUCCUAACCAGUGCAGCUUUGCAUCACACCAGAGAAUUCAUCAGCAUAAAUCUCCAUACACGUGUCCCGAAUGUGGAGCAAUCUGCAGAUCUGUCCACUUCCAGACUCAUGUCACUAAGAACUGCCUGCAUUAUACCCGGAGAGUUGGGUUUCGCUGCGUGCACUGCAAUGUUGUGUACUCUGAUGUGGCGGCACUCAAGUCUCAUAUCCAAGGUUCUCACUGUGAAGUCUUUUACAAGUGUCCUAUCUGUCCCAUGGCAUUUAAAUCCGCUCCCAGCACACACUCCCAUGCCUACACGCAACACCCGGGUGUCAAGAUAGGCGAACCAAAAGUAAUAUAUAAAUGCUCUAUGUGUGACACUGUGUUUACUCUGCAACCUUUGCUCUAUCGCCACUUUGAUCAGCACAUUGAAAACCAGAAGGUGUCUGUUUUCAAGUGUCCAGACUGUUCUCUUCUGUAUGCCCAGAAACAGCUUAUGAUGGAUCACAUCAAGUCUAUGCAUGGAACUUUGAAAAGUGUUGAGGGGCCGCCAAACCUGGGGAUAAAUCUGCCUCUUGGUACUAAACCCACAACUCAGAACUCAGCCGGUCACAACAAAGAGGACACAAAAUCUGUCAAUGGAACAGAAAAGCUGGAGAAGAAAUCUCCUUCUCCCAUAAAGAAAGUGGAGCCUAAAAAAGUUGCUAAUCCUGGCUGGACGUGUUGGGAGUGUGACAGGCUCUUCACUCAGAGAGACGUUUACAUCUCUCACAUGAGGAAAGAACAUGGAAAG